UACAACAGGACUACGACGGACGAUUUGCCUGCAUUAUCCUGAAAUGUCGACAUUCUACAUUUUGAUUGCAGUUUGGACAUUUUCGUCAGGUGUUCAUGGUGAAGAAGGCUUCUACAACAUUGCGCAUAUGACAAACACACCAGCAAGUGUAGACUGGGCCCUUGAUAAGGGAGCGAACGGUGUAGAGAUAGACUUGACCUUUGACACUUCUACAGGGACCCCAAUGGUAUUUCGUCAUAGUGUAGCAGGGGAGGCAUGUGAUUGCACGUGUAUGUGUCCAGCCCCGGUCUGGGAACUGUGCCGUGUGUUAUACCCAAACAGCGUCUGUGCCAAACUUUUAGAUGACGUCAGUGGAAUUUCACCGUGUAGAGCCGAAUCACCUUUAGCAACAAUGUUGACUUUCCUGGCAAAAAAGUCAAGUCUGGCUUUGAUUUACAUUGACAAUAAGAUCAAAAGUGAAGAUAUGGACUCUCGCAAAAUGAAAAUUGCUGGUGAGGCUGUUGUGUCGACUAUAAUUACGAACCUGUUUGAGAAAGGGUACGGCGGGAAAGUGCUUGUAGGCUCCUCAAAACUAGAAACUUUUCCAUUUUUAAAGGCUGCUGUAGGCGCAAUUCAGAGUUCAAAGUUUAGAAAUCGUGUUUAUUUUGCCCUUGACCAAGAGAAUGUAGAAAAAGCUUUGCGAAAGCUACACACAUUACCGACACGGAACAUUGUGUACGGGACGGGGUUGACCGCCUGCUUACCUAUGCGUGUAAAAGAUACUCUGCAACUUGCUGCAGUAAAUAAAGCUAAAGGUGUGACGGGCCUCACGUACGUUUGGACCAUUGAUAAAUAUUCCUCAAUAAAAGAGAAUCUUCCAUAUGUACAAGCAGUUUUGUCCAACUACCCAGGAAUUGUAAAUCAGGUGCUGCAAGAUAAUGGAAUACAACUGGCAAGCCAGUCAAGUUCGAUACCCGUGGCGUCCAGCAGUGACGUCAUCACCAGCUUGACCGGUCUAGAUUGCGACUGCGAUUAUCAUCCCGGCGGAUGUUCCAUCAGUAAACCAGCUUCAUCGGGCCUGGCAUGCCACUGCGAGUACAAGGGCUUUUGGACUUGCGGUGGAAGUGUAUCUCAAUGUUCAAACCCCGACUCUUAUUACUGCACCAACCCCGAUUAUUCCGUGGCCUCGUGUUUGCUAGGUUAUGGUGACUGCGAAGGCUAUAAAACAGCCACGUGUGAUUGCGACUAUUCCAGCGGGGGUUGCACCAUCAGCAAAGUACCACCUCCAAAUACGGCAUGCCGCUGUUCAUACAAGGGAGGUUGGACAUGUGGCGGCAGCGUAACAAAAUGUAAAUAUUUUAAGAGCAGGUACUGCAAGAACCCAGACUAUUCAAUUAACACGUGCAAUAUGGGUGGCGGAGACUGCGGCGGAUAUUGAUUUUGUCGCAGAUACCGUGGAAAUAUUCUUGUUGAAUUAACAAAAUGUCAGCUUUUAGGUUGGUUUUCAAUUUCAGAUCUUAGACUAGCAUUUGAAAUCAGAUUUCAAACUGACAUUCGAUUAUCAAACUCUACAUUUUUCGUAAUUUUACCUUAUUACACAUGUGUUCAUAUUCAUAUUUCAACUGUCAGUUUGGAAAUGUUCUACAGUGUUGACAUGUCAGACAACAAAUUUUGUUAGAAGAUACGUGACCGCUACUUUUCUUUGUGUUUUGUUGACUGAAUGUGCUUUAAAUGUCUUUUAUGAACUUAAGGUUAGAAACUGUUUGCUAAAAUGUGUGCACCGGCUCCUCACAGAAAAUUGUUCAUUUACUAUGAUAGAACAUACAACAAUAUUAUUUACUACUGUGAUGCUGUCAUCCUUGUGUUUUGCUAAUUACUAGUACAUGAAAACAAGCCACCACAUUACGGAAAGUCCGAAAGCGUUAAAUCAACUUUCACCGAUUGAUAUUGUUUCAAGCUGGGUCGUAGUUUUUUGGAGAUACUAACUUUUGAUAACUUAAUGUAUAUGACUAAACUUAAGGCCGGAAUAAUUAUUGUUACUGUUACUUAAUGGGAAAAAAUAGAAAUUCUUGAAAAGCAGUCUCCCACCUCUCCGCCCUAUCUAUUCAUUUUGCAAGAACGUUCAACACAAAAUGUGGGACAACGGUAAGAACCGCACCCCCGUUAAAAAACAUAAAAAGUUGUCGGCUAAAGAUAAACAACACGUUUGAACAGAUCUUUCUCUGGAAUAAUACGUAAAUUGCCUCGUUAUUAGAAUAGAAAAUACUGUCUUUAAACUGGAUUUUGCCGUUCAUUUACCUGUCAGCGCGAAAUCGGAUUAAGGUCAGGGCAGGGACAACAUUUGAACGUUUAUGUGAACAGAUUUAUAAAGUAUCUCACUUUAGUUUUUAAGUAUUGUUUAAAAUUAGAAUACAGUCAGGAAGCACGCGGAACAUAUGCAAGUACCAUCUGUUUCAAAGUAACAUAAAGAGCUUUUCAAGAUUCUGAAAAUAUAAAAGCAAUAUUUUUGCUAUUUCUUUACCAUUUCAACAUUCAUAUUUUUGUGAUAUAUAAACACGAGACUUGCAGAAGAUUUUUGAAAUUGUAAAUCAAUAUUUUGAAAAAAAUGCUCCUGGUAUUCACAACAGGUAGAAACAUAAAAGAGUGCAUAUUUGUGCCUAUUGUCCUACUGAUUUUCAUUUGGAAAUACGUAUUUGUGAUGAUUUUGUAAUUACCCUAUGAAUCGAAACAAGUUUCCGCUAGGUGAAGCGUCGAUAGCACACUUGUUUAUCAGCUUUCGGACACUGCCCAUACAAUACAUAAACUUGUUUUUAUCUAUUUGUUGACGACGUAUUAUAAAACUGCAAAAUCAUGAUAGGGAAAUGAUAGUUUCUGAAAUAUAUCUAAAUAUAUCGUAGCGUAUGACUAUAAGAAUCUUUCACUGGCUGUUGGUAAAGAUCGGAAUAUCCGACACGAGAG